AUGAGGACUCAUACUUCUCAUUCCAUAAUCACUUCCCAGACAAAGAAAUCACAAUCGCCGGCAGCAGCAGCAGCGGCAGCAUCAUUUGCCGCUGGCUCCAGACUGCCUCUCGACGCCGCAGUCCCCACCGGGAUGAAAGGUAUGCGCAGCAAGCGAAAACGUCGAAGGCACUCUUCGACCACUCAAGUGAUUACAAGCAACCGCAUGAUAUCGGCUGCCUUUACCGAUCAACAUCAGGCUGGGGAGGCACCCGAUCUCAAAAGACCGGUUCGUCAGCAUUUAUUUACCAUAUAUUGCAUGCUCUCUGGUUCCACCACAGUUUAUCCUUUCCUCUAUUUCUCUACACCGCUAAGUUGCAUUGGUGUUUAUCAAAUCAGAACUUGA